GUUUAUUGUCAGUCAGUGUCAAAUAACUAUAAAAUACUAAUUUUUUUUAUUUUAGUAUUAUCUUUAAAUAUUUUAAUUCAGUUCAAUUCAGAUAUUUAGUUUAUAAUCUAAAUUAUUGUUAACAAUAAAUAUAUUAUUCCAAAAAUAUCUAAAGUGUUUAAAUAUCGAUAUUCCACCAACUGUCUGCCUGUGACUAAAUAACUUUAAAUUCCAGUCUAAAAAUUAAACAAUUUAAUAAAGUUACCUCGAAAUACUUGAAUAAUUGCAUAUCCAAAACGUUUGCGUCUUGUAACAACAAUUACUUCAUAAAGUGAUAUCACACUAUGAGUGCGCUGUUUAAUUUCCAAAGCCUUCUAUCAGUAAUCCUUCUCUUGAUAUGUACUUGUGCAUACUUAAGAGCAUUUUUUCCAAGUAUAAUGGACCGUAAUAAAACCGGGUUAUUGGGGACCUUUUGGAAGUGUGCAAGAAUUGGCGAAAGGAAAUCUCCUUAUAUAGCCGCAUCUUGUAUUAUUAUGGCAUUCUCUAUUUUGUUCCUUACUUGAACUGGAACCAUUAUUUUAUUGUAAAUAAUAUUAAUGCUAACUAAAAAUGUGUUUAUAUUUUUUUACUAUGGAGUGUUAUCCUAUAGUUGAUAUCAAUAAUAUAAUUAAGAAAGAAAUGACAAUAAACAUAAGACAGUUUUAAUUUCUAUAAUUUUAUUUUUGUGAUUGCAUUCCUAAUACAGAUAAAAAUUUAAUAGAAAACGGUACACACUAAGGGAUAGAAUAUAAAGAGAUUACAAAACAGUCACAAAAUCUACUAUAAUACUAAUUGUUAAUGAUUAAAUUGGAACUUAAAUUUUGGUAUUUAAUAACUUAUACAUGUCAUUAUACAAAACUGUUACAUGAAAUCAAAAUGUUCAAUACAAACAACAGUUCUGCUAACAUGCAGAUGUUAACAAGUGUAAUAAAAUUGUGUACUCUGUGCUUUAUUAAUUUAAAAUUGCAUACAUUAAAUAUAUAUUGCAUUGAAUUAACAUUUAUGAAAAUUAUUAUCAUAUAAAAUAAUAUGUAACUUACAUUAAAACAAUCUUUAAAUUGCAAUUCUAAGUACAGUCAUCACAAAUAAUUACCAUGUUAUUAUAUAAAAUAAUAUAAAUCAUUUCUGUAAAAUGUUUCAAAAUAUUAACACUAUUAUUAAGUAUAUGGUAUGGAUAUAAUCUCUUAUGGAAAUAAUCUCUGAAUUUCAGUAUCAAAAUUUAUAUCAAAUGGGCCGAAUAUUGCAAUAUUAUCACUUUUUGUCACAAUUUCGUGGAAAAUCUAGUGCAUUAUAUUAUAAAUACUAACAACUCUAAUUGGAGCGUAAAUCAGUCUAGACAUUGUCCCUAUAAUAAGCUAAACAACACACUUAAAUACGGCAACGACACAUCCACUAGACCUACAAGCUAAUUCUAAAUAAAUAAAUGAACGUUAUCAACUUCGAUGCAUUGAUUAGUGU